AUGGUUCCAUUACUACAAGACACCCCAAUUGCGACAAACAGUGUUUUGACAAUUUCUUCCAAACCUGGUGACAUGGCACGCAGCGAUUCAUCAGCGUCAUCCGCGACCGAAGAUGAACGCGUAGCCCUGAGUGAAACUUCAUGGUCUGAAGGAGCAGCAGACACCAAGGAAGACGACAUCCAUGCACAAAAGCAUGCUCUGCACAACGUUUUAUCGGAGCUUUUUGAAGAAAAUAUCCUUGCCAAGCCCUGUCGUGCUGCAAGUAGAGUCUUGCAAGGCUUUAUUCCGGCACAUGACGGUUUUCCCGAAAUCGUGCCCCAGCAAGGCCCUAGGCAAGGGCAUUGGGAAUUUCGCGAACCCGAAUUCUGGACCUGCGGUUUCUUCCCGGGAACACUGUACGCUCUCCUUGAGCGAUCUAUCAGAUACCCGGGAUCUUUGCGAGCCGACAACCCCGAAAAUAGAUCAUCCACGAUUAUCAGGAACUAUUUACUCCCGUUAUGCAAGUCAUGGUCUGAGCCACUUCAUGCCAUGGCCAGCAGAACAGACACCCACGACAUUGGCUUCAUCAUCAUGCCGGCGCUUCGAAGAGAUUGGGAGCUAUUCGGUACCGAGCGCAGUUUGGCUUCUAUCGUACAGGCGGCUCACAGUUUGGCUACCCGUUAUGUGCCAGCUGCUGGUGCCAUUCGCAGCUGGGAUUGUCUUCUGAAAAAGGACAUCACCGUCACAGACAUGGAAAACAAUCUCCUCGUCAUUAUUGAUAGCAUGUGCAAUCUCGACCUCCUAUUUUAUGCUGCUGCGCAGACUGGUGAACAGAGACUCGCUGAUAUUGCUGCAUCCCACGCAACGACAUUAUUGAAGACGCAUCUUCAACCAGAGAGUGUGAGGUCGACUGCCAAGCACGGACAUCAGGGUCAACUCUACUCGACUUGCCAUGUUGCCAACGUCGACCCCCAGACUGGAGAUUUGAAAUGGCGACGGACAGCCCAGGGCUACGACGACCACUCGACGUGGUCGAGAGGUCAAGCCUGGGCUAUCCUUGGUUAUGCACAGACUUACAACUGGACCAAAGAUGAAAGCUUCCUCGAUGCAGCGUGCGGGUGCGCCGAGUAUUUCCUCUAUCGGCUGGAAACAUCCCCUUCUUGCGUCGAGCUUCCGAUUAAAACUGGACGAGGGCAUGCAAACCCCCGCAGGGGACGACAUGUACCACUCUGGGACUUUGAUGCGCACAUUGAGAAUCCUCAAGAUCCGCUUCGCGACUCAUCGGCUGGCGUGAUUGCCGCAAAUGGAAUGCUAUUGCUAUCCCAAUCCCUUGCUGCGUUGGGUAGACACACGAUGUCGCGCCGCUUCUUCGAUGCGUCCAUCGAAAUCGUCAAGGAUACGUUGGAUGUGUGUCUCGCUACCGAGAAGGCCAAGCUGACCACUUUUGGAAAUAAUGGCACAUCCAUCAAAGUGGAAGAUGUUGUCCUGGGGGCGACCUUUGAUGCUCUUUUGAAGUAUGGGACAGCUAACAAUAAUGAAAACGCAAGGAGACGGUAUGCUAACCACGGAUUGGUAUAUGGCGAUUAUUAUCUUGUCGAGUUCGGAAACCUUCUUUUGAGUAUGGGACUGAUCUAG